UCCCAAGGAUCGAGCAGAGACAAAGAUGGGUGUCCGCUUGUCGAUUCCUGCAGGUCCUGACAUAAGGAUGGUGAUGAUCGGGAAAACGGGAGUUGGUAAAAGUGCUGUCGGUAACACCAUCGUGGGUAGAAAGGUAUUUUUUUCUUGUGCGAGUGCUCAGUCUGUGACAGAUACCUGCGAGAAGGAGCGAGCCAAAAGUAGAAGAAAGAUCCAUGUGGUCGACACGCCUGGGAUUCUGGAUACGUCUAAAAGUGCAGAUAGAAUCAAGAAUGAAAUCGCUAAAUGCAUCCAGGUGUCCUCUCCAGGUCCUCACGUCUUCCUGCUGGUUCUGCAGAUCGGCAGGUUCACCAAAGAAGAAGAAAACUGCGUGGAUGCCCUGGAGCAAAUCUUCGGCCCAGAGGCGUCCAGGUACAUGAUUGUUCUGUUCACGCGAGGUGACGAGCUGCGGGGCAGAACCAUACAGGACUACGUGCUUAACGGCCAUCCCAAACUCCGAGAGGUGAUAAACAAAUGCGGGAACAGGUACCACGUCUUCAACAACAAGAAACAAAUCAACAAAUUUCAAGUGGUGGAGCUGCUGAAGAAAGUCGAUGACAUGGUGGCGGCGAACGGGGGACAGUACUUCUGCGACGACAUGUACAAGGAGGUCCAGCGGAAGCUGGAUCAGAAGCUGGAUCAGAAGAUGGAUCAGAAGCUGGAUCAGAAGAUGGAUCAGAAGCUGGAUCAGAAGGACACAGUCCCAGUGGGCGAGGAGGUUUACAACUUCACCUUCAUGUCCGAGCUGCUGCAGAAGGUCAUUCUGUUUCAGGCCAUAUUAGCUGCUCAGGAGAACAACACCAACAACCUGUACCAGCCCAACUCUUACCUCAACGUGAGACCUCCGAUGUGAAGCAGCCUCCAGCUCCUCGUCAGACGUCUUCUUACCUGCAAACUUUUAAAUUCAACUUUCUGUGCAACCAGACACAAAGAUCUACCAGUUCAUGAAUGUAACAUUACGAUGAGGAGAAGUUUACAGUUCAUGUUCUUCUUUCCUUCUCCUUAUAUGACGGUAGCACUGUAUGUUGUAUGUAUCAUGUGUUUGACAUGUUUGUAUGUCACCGUGUUUUGGCUUCGUUGUCUCUGAAGGUAAAUAUAGGCAGUGUCUCGUUGGCCCAGUGGACCGGUCCCUCUAAACCGUAGGAUAUAGGAUGAAAAAAUGUAUUCACUCAACACUUGUAUUUCUAUCUCCUUCCCCUUCUUCCUCCAGCUGCGGCUAAAACAUUCUUCUCUGUUUCGGUAAACUCUGGACGAACAGGUUCUUCAAGCACUUUCUCAGAAAUGUCAUCAUUUUUGCCUCCAAGCAAAAAAAAAAAAAAAGGAGGGUUGUAAUAACGUGUCAUGAAAAGCAUGAAGAGCGGCCAGGAAAAAAAAUCCACUGAAGUUUGUGUUUUGUGCGUCGGGUGAGAUGUGAUGA